AUGAAACGACCGAGUCAACACUUUCCUCAAUUAUCAAAAAUUCAACUACACUAUACAUCAACUCCAACAAUUGUACGCUGCAUUAUUGAACAAUCAACAACAAACACAUCAUCCAACGAUUCAUCUCAUCAUGUUUAC